AUGCAAGGAUUGUAAGAUUUCUCUAAUGUGCUAUUGAUGUCUGGAGGAUCAAAAUGUUUAUCUACAAAUGUUGGAUGGGUUGCCUGCAAUUCAUAUGAAGUCAUAGAUUAUCUUAAGUUUUUCUCAUCUGCCUACAUGUUUACAAACUCAGUCAAUCCAGUUCAAUGUGCUACUGCUCUGGCUCAAUUAAGAAUACUUAACAGUGAAGUGGGCAGUAGAUUAAGAGUUAAGGUUUUGGAGAAUUAUCAUUACAUGAAAAAAGAACUCAAUGCCAGAGGUUACCAGAUAAUUGGGUAUCCAUCUCCAAUUUUACCUUUGUUGAUUGGAAACGAAUUGGUUUGCAGAGUAGUCACAAGACUAAUGAUUGAUGAAGGAAUUCAUUGUAAUGGAAUUGAAUAUCCUAUUGUGAAAAUGGGAUAGGCCAGAUUGAGAGUCAAUUUGUAACCCUAGCACACCAAAGAACACAUGGACACUUUCAUUGAAACUUUCCAUUUCUGCUUUGUAAAAGCAACCUAAAUUGUACAAGAGUCCCUAGAAAAAUAUCAAUUAGCUUUGGAACAACAAGAACAGACACAAAAAGCAAAAGACAGUCAGAAUAAAGCUAAUUUCAAUGAUAAUAGAAUGGAACUCAAAAAACCAAAUUUAUGAAUUAUUAAUUAUCAUAUUAUAUAUAUAAAUAAUUU